CGUCCCUGAGACACGAUGGUGAAGGUCGGAGUGAACGGAUUUGGCCGUAUUGGGCGCCUGGUCACCAGGGCUGCUUUUAACUCUGGCAAAGUGGAUAUUGUCGCCAUCAAUGAUCCCUUCAUUGACCUCAACUACAUGGUCUACAUGUUCCAGUAUGAUUCCACCCAUGGCAAAUUCCACGGUACAGUCAAGGCUGAGAACGGGAAGCUUGUCAUCAAUGGAAAGUCCAUCUCCAUCUUCCAGGAGCGAGAUCCCGCCAAAAUCAAGUGGGGUGAUGCUGGUGCUGAGUACGUUGUGGAGUCCACUGGGGUCUUCACCACCAUGGAGAAGGCUGGGGCCCACUUGAAGGGCGGGGCCAAGAGGGUCAUCAUCUCUGCUCCCUCUGCCGACGCCCCCAUGUUCGUGAUGGGUGUGAACCAUGGGAAGUAUGACAACUCCCUCAAGAUUAUUGUCAGCAACGCCUCCUGCACCACCAACUGCUUGGCUCCUCUGGCCAAGGUCAUCCAUGACAACUUCGGCAUCGUGGAGGGACUCAUGACCACCGUCCAUGCCAUCACUGCCACCCAGAAGACCGUGGACGGUCCCUCUGGGAAGCUGUGGCGCGACGGCCGAGGGGCUGCCCAGAACAUCAUCCCUGCUUCCACUGGUGCUGCCAAGGCUGUGGGCAAGGUCAUCCCUGAGCUGAACGGGAAGCUCACUGGCAUGGCCUUCCGUGUCCCCACCCCCAACGUGUCCGUCGUGGAUCUGACCUGCCGCCUGGAGAAAGCUGCCAAAUAUGAUGACAUCAAGAAGGUGGUGAAGCAGGCGUCAGAGGGCCCCCUCAAGGGCAUCCUGGGGUACACUGAGGACCAGGUCGUCUCCUGCGACUUCAACAGUGAUACCCACUCCUCCACCUUCGAUGCCGGGGCUGGCAUUGCUCUCAACGACUAG